AGAGCCCAGUAUCGGGCUAAUGUCAUCCAGUCAGGGUGACGAGGGGGCUCCAUCACAGGCUGCCCCGAACAACACCACCCAGGACCCGUUUGACAACUCCGCUCAGACCGCAGAGACAUGCAGCACACCUGAGGCACAGGUUUCGCCUGUGUCGGGCGAGGCUUCUCCUUCCUCCACGUUCUCUUUUGAGAUGGUUGACAUGGAAUCCGUUCCACCUCCUUACCAAGAAGUGCAGCCUCACUGGUUCUUCUGUCGUCGAGCUGAUGACAAAACCUCCUGGCUUCCCUUCAGCAGAGAGGACUCUGACAAGCUAGAGAAUGCUUUAAACUCUGUAAGUAAUGAGGAGGAGGAUGUGGUGGUUGCUGUGGAUGGGGAGCGAUAUGAUGUGCAUGUUAAGAAAAGGAAGCGUUACGCUGUGUACUGGGAACAGACUCCAACUGAGGUCCGCCGCUGCACCUGGUUCUACAAAGGAGAUAAGGACACCAGAUUUGUGCCUUAUCCUGAAGAUUUCAGCACAAGUCUGGAGGAAGCCUACAUGAUAGCUGUGACUUUGGAUGAAUGGAAACAGAAACUAGACUUUCCCACAGGAGAGACUGUCAUUUUACACAAUCCUAAGCUUAUAAUGCAGUAUCAGCCAAUAGGCUUGCAGGAAGAUUGGGUUUCCUCCCCCUCAGAGCAGACACGACCUCGCACAGUCAAGAGGGGAGUUGAUAACAUCUUUGUAGAAAUACCUGAUGGUGAACCAGAGAAUGUGGACCACCUUGUUUUUAUGGUGCAUGGCAUUGGACCUGCAUGUGAUUUGCGCUUCAGAUCUAUUAUACAGUGUGUAAAUGACUUCAGGAGUGCUUCAUUGUCCCUCCUGACCACACAUUACAAGUGGGCUCAGCAAGAUGGACAGGUGGGUCGAGUGGAGUUCCUCCCUGUUAACUGGCACAGCGCUCUGCAUGGAGAUGCUACUGGUGUGGAUGAGGACAUACAGAGGAUCACUCUACCUAGCAUCAGCAGGAUGAGGCAUUUCACCAACGACACGCUGUUGGACCUAUUUUUCUACAACAGUCCCACCUACUGUCAGACCAUAGUGGAUACGGUGUCCUCAGAAAUCAACAAGCUGCACGCCCUCUUUAAGCAGCGACACCCAGAGUUCCAUGGGGCAGUUUCUGUGGCAGGACACAGCCUGGGUUCUUUGAUCCUGUUUGAUCUGUUAACCAAUCAGAGGAACGGAUCCAGAUCAAGAGAGGAGGUACCUUCUAAAGAACCUUCUAGUAGGAACAGUUACACGUUGGAGCAGAUACUGGCCAGACUGGGGCUUCAGCAAUACCUGAGUACUCUGCAGGCAGAAAACCUUGACCUGGAAUCACUGGCUCUCUGCGAAGACAGUGACCUUCGAGAUAUAGGAAUCCCACUUGGACCCCGGAAAAAGAUCUUGAACUACAUCAAGAGAAAAUGGCUUCCUGAGGACUGUAAAGUACAUGAAGGACUGGAGUCUCAAGUUCUACCUGAUAUGACAAGUGAUGAUAACCAGUCUUCAGGAUCAACAUCCCCGCAGUCCCACUUCCACAGAGCGCAGUCUGUCACCAGUGCAGUGGACUAUGAAUACUUUGAUGUUGGCAUUGGACAGGUGUCCAUUGAUUACCCUCAGCUAGCAUUUCACCCACAGACAUUUUUUGCUUUUGGCUCUCCUAUUGGAAUGUUUCUGACUGUACGAGGACUUAAACGCAUCGAUCCAAACUACUCCUUCCCAACCUGCAAAUGCUUUUACAACAUCUACCAUCCAUAUGAUCCUGUUGCCUAUCGGAUAGAGCCGAUGAUUGUUUCAGAAGUGGAUGUAGAGCCAAUGCUAAUACCGCACCACAAAGGCCGAAAGAGGAUGCAUCUGGAAUUAAAAGAUAGCUUGACCCGGAUGAGUAUGGAUUUGAAAAACAAUGUAUUGGGAUCCUUACGCACAGCAUGGCAGUCCUUUACUAGACUUCCAGUUGCUGCACUGCCCCCAGCAGAAGAAGGCGAAACUACACAUAAGACAAACAAACGGGAUCAGGAGGCACAAGCAGCAGAUGUGGAGCCUGAGUCCCCAAUGUCUGCAGAGCAGAUGGAGCAAGCUGAAAUUAAAAUGGGGAUGCUGAAUGGAGGGCGGCGGAUCGACUACGUGCUUCAGGAAAAACCCAUUGAGAGCUUCAACGAGUACUUGUUUGCCAUCCAGUCUCAUCUUUGCUACUGGGAAUCUGAGGACACAGCUCUGCUGCUGCUGAAGGAAAUUUAUGACAAGCUUGGUGUGGCUUUGGAACAGCCACAGCAGUAUUAAACUUUGAAUGUACAUUUGCUUUCAU